AGGCAGACGGCCAACGAUUCGCUUUGAGUUGACAUGACGGUGAUCGCUAUCAUGAAAAUAACGACGUGAAAACAUUUCCCGCUAGUUCGGCAGGGGCUUGUUUUAUUGUGCCUGUAACUUCUACGUUGGUAUCUAUCGAGUGGACAAUGACGGAGGCUUGGAGCGGUUAAUAGAUUGUAAUAACUACAGGAGAGGCAGGAUGUCACGUCCCACAAACCUGGUGUGGGAUGUGAGGAAGCGCUCGCUGGGGCUGGAGGAUCCCCGGCUAAUUCGCUUGUCCUAUUUAGGAAGAAGAGAAUUUAUCCAAAGACUAAAACUUGAAGCUAAAUUGAAUGUACAUGAUGGUUGUGUAAAUACAAUUUGCUGGAAUGAUACAGGAGAGUAUAUUCUAUCAGGAUCCGACGACACCAACCUAGUGAUUACUAAUCCAUACAGUAGAAAGAUUCUUUCAACUAUUCGUUCGGGUCAUCGAGCAAACAUUUUUAGUGCAAAAUUUCUUCCACACACCAGUGACAAACAGAUUAUUUCCUGCUCAGGAGAUGGUGUCAUAUUUUAUACAAACACAGAGAGAGAUGCAGAAGCAAAUCGACAGUGCCAGUUUAACUGCCACUACGGAACAGCUUAUGAGAUCAUGACUGUACCAAAUGAUCCUUAUACUUUUCUAUCAUGUGGUGAAGAUGGUACUGUAAGGUGGUUUGAUGUGAGAGCGAAGACGAACUGUACAAAAGAAGAUUGCAAAGAUGAUAUUUUAAUAAACUGUCGCCGUGCUGCUACUUCAAUCGCUAUCUGCCCUUUGAUGCCAUACUACUUAUCUGUUGGUUGCUCGGAUAGCUCUGUGAGGAUAUAUGAUCGAAGGAUGCUUGGCACAAGGGCUACAGGUAGUUACAAUGCUCGAGCAACUACUGGAAUGUGUGCAAGAUUUGUACCCCCACAUCUUACCAAUAAGUCUUGUCGAGUUACAUCCCUCUGUUACAGUAAUGAUGGGCAGGAAAUACUUGUUAGUUAUUCCUCAGACUAUAUUUACCUUUUUGAUCCCAAUGAUGAUCAGGGACGAGAACUUAAGCUCCCUUCAACGGAUGAGAGAAGAGAACCAGAGAUCCGGCAACCACCUGUUAAACGACUCAGGCUUCGAGGGGAUUGGUCUGAUACUGGGCCAAGGGCUAGACCAGAGAGUGAGCGAGAACGUGAUGGAGAACAAAGUCCUAAUGUGUCACUCAUGCAACGCAUGUCAGAUAUGUUAUCCAGGUGGUUUGAAGAAGCUAGUGAAAAUGCCCAAAGCAACUUAAGAGGAAGGGGAAGAUCAAGAUCCCGAGGAAACAUUGUUAGGUCAGAAGCAACAGACUCAAACAUGCCAACUGCUCAAGAAGAAACUGGAGAAGGUACCAUGGAGGUUGAUUCUCCAGCUGAUCAGCUGCCACAGUCUUCAUCAUCAUCCACAGUUUCAGCUCAGGCUCCAUCAACAUCAUCCUCAACUGCUGGUUCCUGUUCCACUUCUCUCCUGUCUUCACCUGAUGGUGAACACAAGCGCCCACCUCAAUCAGCAGACAACCCUCCACAAUCAGAUUCCCCUUCUUCUGUGGUAAACAAACAACUUGGAUCCAUGUCACUUGAUGAGCAACAGGGUGGCAGUACAGAUAGUUCGAGUAUCAGAACAUCAGGCGCUGAACCAGUUCUAAGUUUGCAUUAUAGUACAGAGGGAACCACUGCCAGCACAAUCAAGCUAGACUUUACUGAUGAAUGGAACAAUUCAGCUUCAACUUCUAGGGGAACUGGAAUUCAAAGCAAGCAAAGCAGUCGGGAAGAAUCUCAGCAAAUGCAAACCCCUGAAGAGCACUUAGAAGAAAAAAUGAAUACAAGCGUUUCAGCACCUGAACCAUCUGAACAGUCAGGUAAAAGAAUAUGCAAAGUCAGGCAUGUGGAGGUUGAUGAAGCCAAUAAAGAAGGGAGUACAACAGAAGAAGCCAUUAAAGAAGGGAGUACAACAGAAGAAGCCAAUAAAGAAGGGAGUACAACAGAAGAAGCCAAUAAAGAAGGGAGUACAACAGAAGAAGCCAAUAAAGAAGGGAGUACAACAGAAGAAGCCAAUAAAGAAGGGAGUACAACAGAAGAAACCAAGGACAGUGUAAUAGAUUACAGCUGCCAGUCUGCACCAGCAGGCUUAGGUGAGGGAAGCCCUCAACAACAAGAAGUGUCUUGCCAAAGUACAGAAACUACUGAGAGCUGCAAUAGAGUGACUGAAUCCACACAACAGUCAGAACCAAUAAAGUUGGGUAAUCAGGAUGAGCCUACUAGAACAUCUGCCAGUCGCGAAACUGAUGACAGUGACGAUGAUCCUGUUUUAUUUCCAUCUUCCCGGUUUAGAGCAGGACCAGGACACAGAUUUACUUUCAGAGGAAUGGCAGUGGGUGAUAGAAUGAGACGCACUGCAGCUGCCCGUAUUCAGGAGUUGUUCAGGAGGAGGAAAGAAAAGAAGGAAAUGGAAGAAUUAGAGACUCAAAACAUAAGAAAACCUACAAUAAAAAUGGUAUACAAGGGCCACCGUAACUCAAGAACGAUGAUCAAAGAAGCCAACUUCUGGGGUAGUUAUUAUGUAAUUAGUGGCUCAGACUGUGGUCACAUAUUCAUCUGGGAUCGUCAGACAGCUGAGUUGCUGAUGUUAUUGGAAGCUGACAACCAUGUGGUGAACUGCCUGCAGCCUCAUCCUUUUGAUCCAAUUCUGGCAUCCUCUGGUAUAGAUUAUGAUGUCAAGAUUUGGACACCACUGGAAGGAAUACCAGCCUUUGACAGAAAACUUGCAGAUGAGGUGAUCAGUCGCAAUGAAUUGAUGUUGGAGGAGACCAGAAACACAAUCACAGUUCCAGCUUCAUUCAUGCUAAGAAUGUUGGCUUCACUCAAUCAUAUUAGAACAGAUCGGUUGGAAGGUGACCGUUCAGAAGGCUCUGGUCAAGAGAAUGAAGAUGAUGAAUAAUUAAUUAUCCAGAUUCAAAAAAGAGCAUCAAGAAAUUUGUAUUACAGAAAAUUUAGUAUAUUUUCCCUACAAAGCCUUAGUGUUAUUUUAGUUCCUUUUCUGGAAAAAAAGGGUACAUUUAAUAUGAAUAUUUCUUUGUGCAAAAUGUGUGCAUGAAUUAGGAUGAGAAAGGUGGGAAAGAAUAAGUAAGUUGCUUUUAAUUAUUAUGUUCUGUGGAUGAGAUGCUUGGAGGUUUCAAGUGCAAUAUUCUCUAAUGUGCAACUGUAUGUGCUUGGAUCAGUGCUUUGAGUGUGAAGAUUAAAAAAACACUAGUAAGAGGGUUAAGAUGAAACCUUUCUAAACCUGCUGUUAUGCAUGUACACUGAGGGGUGGGGGG